AGCUUCACACCCAGCAACGACCUCACAGGGGGUCAACCCCCCCCUCCCCGCACCCCUCACUCUCCGCCCUCCACUGCUCCCCUCCCAGGUACUCCAGGGACGAGACGACBCUGUGCUUUACAGACAGACCCUUCCGGACCGUCGAAUGACGAGCGUGCUUCGGAGGGCGGGGCUUGCCUCAGUCUCUCAUGAUUGGCUGCUGGAUGGAAUUGAGGUGAAUGGAACACAUGCCCAAGGAGCAGGACUCUAACCCAUCAGAGGGAGAAGAGAAACAGUGGCUCAAUGGCCCUAAGAGGAAGAGGAAGAACAGCCAAUGUUCGGUGAAGAGUAUGACUGGGUACAUCCCCAGCUACCUCGAAAAGGAUGAGCCAUGCGUGGUGUGUGGCGACAAGGCCACAGGGUACCACUACCGCUGCAUUACCUGCGAGGGCUGCAAGGGUUUCUUUCGUAGGACCAUUCAAAAGAACCUCCACCCCACCUACUCCUGCAAAUACGAUGGCUGCUGCAUCAUUGACAAGAUCACCCGCAACCAGUGCCAGCUGUGUCGCUUUAAGAAGUGCAUCUCAGUGGGAAUGGCCAUGGACUUGGUCCUGGAUGACUCAAAGCGGGUGGCCAAACGGCGCCUUAUUGAGGAGAACAGGGAGAAACGCAAAAAGGAGGAGAUGGUGAAGACCCUGCAGACCCGUCCAGAGCCCACUGUGGCCGAGUGGGACCUGAUCCGGCUGGUGACGGAGGCCCAUCGGCAUACCAACGCUCAGGGCGCACAGUGGAAACAGAACCGCAAAUUCCUGCCAGAGAAGAUUGGCCAAUCUCCGGUUGCCCCGACGUCCGACGGAGACAAGGUGGACCUGGAAGCCUUCAGCGAAUUCACCAAGAUCAUCACCCCUGCCAUCACACGAGUAGUCGACUUUGCCAAAAAACUGCCCAUGUUCUCUGAGCUGCCUUGUGAAGACCAGAUCAUCUUGUUGAAGGGCUGCUGCAUGGAGAUCAUGUCGUUGCGAGCGGCAAUCCGUUAUGACCCCGAAAGCGAGACGCUGACGCUGAGCGGGGAGAUAGCCGUGAAGCGCGAGCAGCUGAAGAACGGRGGGCUGGGUGUGGUGUCUGACGCCAUCUUUGAUUUGGGCAAAAGCCUGGCGCAGUUCAACCUGGACGACACGGAAGUGGCGCUUCUGCAGGCCGUGCUUCUCAUGAGCUCAGAUCGCUCAGGCCUGACGUCUGUGGACAAGAUAGAGAAGUGCCAGGAGACGUACCUGCUGGCAUUCGAGCACUACAUCAACUACCGCAAGCACAACAUUCCCCACUUCUGGCCCAAACUCCUGAUGAAGGUGACGGACCUGCGGAUGAUCGGCGCGUGCCACGCCAGCCGUUUCCUUCACAUGAAGGUGGAGUGUCCCAACGAACUGUUCCCGCCGCUUUUCCUCGAGGUCUUUGAGGAACAGGAAGUGUGACACGUGCAGAUGCCAGCGUGUGCAACAAGAAGCAGGAAACAGGAGACGGGCUAAGCCACAGCAACGCAUGGAGAGUCUCAUCGGCAGGAAUUUGCGUUUCUCCAACAUCAAAUUCACAGUUUGUGCUUACAAAGAAACUGGAUAUAACCGGAAAGAAAACACACCAGCAACGGGAGAAUGGAACAAGAACCUCCUCCCUCUCUUUCUUACACCUUCUCCUGUUUAAACAUCCGUGUGGGGGCCCUUCUGUCUGAGCAAGCUGUUUUGUCCAGAAAGAGUUGUUGCCAUUUGCCAAGACACAUCCACAAACACAUAAAAACACUCACACACAGAGCCACAGCUUGUUUCACCUCAGUUCUUCAGGGCAGCAUUGUUUGUGGGGGUCAGGUUCCCCUCCUUGUUUCCUUUUUUUUUUUUUUUUUUUUUUCUUUUCCGUUUUGAAGCAGCAUCAGAGCUGGUCAGGAUCUUUCAGUAUUAUUUCUGAAUAAGUGUUAAAACGGUAGUUCAGAAAACACGGCGUCAUUUCUCACAGUCAUGUGAGCAAUCGGCAAACACUGCAAGCUAUUUUUUUUUUUUUCCACAUUGCUUUGGUGUGCAAUGGCGCCGAUGGAAGCAAAAGCAACCGGACUCGGCUGCCAGGUAAAUCAACUCAAUCUGAGCCGUUACUGCUGUUUUGUUGUUUUGUUUUGGAGCUGCUCCUCCUCUAAGAUCCCACUGAAACAGGUGCUAUAUUUAUAUACAAAAGGCUAGUCGAGUUCGAUGAAAAUGUUCUGUCAGCCUUUUAAAAGGGGGCAGACCAAAUCUGCUUUUUUUUAUUUUUUAUUUUUUUUAUUUGUCAUUGGACCGGCUCCUGUGACUCAUACACACACAUACAUACAUGCAUGCAUACAUACAUAUGUGCAGGCGGUCCUCGUCGCUGCCUGCGCAGCUCUCAUACCGUCGUAUGAAUGACAAUGAAGCGCUUCUCUCUCCGAGGAGUUAAGACUCUGAAAGAAGGAAAGGAAAAACGCGAUGGGAGAAGGGAGAGAUUCCCUUUGAGAAGCAGAAGUAAGGAGGAGCGGAGGCAGGGAGAGGAAAUGCGGCGUAAUACCCGGACUGGGGUCAGAAGUAAAUCUUCUGCACCCCGUCUGCCUCUGUCUUCAUUUGACACACACAUUUAUAUGGAAACACACAACUUCACCUCAGAGUAACAUAAAUGCCUCAUUUUACUGUACACACUGCACGACAGUGUCGAUUUAAAGCCCUCAUCCGUAGGGUUUCUACAGAGUCCACUCCUCACGGACUCAGCUCAGUGUGGCCCCUCCAGGCUUCCAUACACACUUGCCUUUUUUAGAAAAAAAAAAAAAACGAAAAAAGAAAAAAAAGAAAUCUAUGGGAGUCACCGAGAGCAGGCGAAAAGGCCAAGAAGGCUACCAUUUACCUCAAAUACGGACACACCCCGAGGAUGGGGCGGCCAUGCUGCCCCACGGUGUCAGGCACUACCUCACCUCUGUGGACACAGGGCAGCUGCCCACAGCCAGACAUACACCGUUCAACUGGUUUCAUAUGUGGACUAACACAAAAGUUCAGACUUUUCUUUUUUGUUGUUGUUGUUUUGCAUAGCGGCACAAAAACACUCAAAGAACACACGCAGACACACAUUUAACUCUCUCACUUGGUUCUAAUGAGAAACCGUACAAAAAGACAGGAGGGCCGACCACCCCUCCCCACCCUGUGGGGGUAGGGGGAGUGGUACCCAUCGCAUUCGGAUCAUCUCGUUGUUCUGUUAUUUGGGACCAAGCGUCAACCUUUCAUCCCCUUCUGUAGAAACAGAAACUGACUUACAGGAGCAACAAAUGAACGGUGGGCACCCCCCAGCUUAGACCACCUCAGAGAGCAAGCAAGGGGAGCAGACGGGGCACAGCGAGCAAGCGCCCACGAUGGCCUCACCCGCUGAAUUAGCGCGCAGAGACCGGGCGUCUGCAAACGAGUGACUUUCCACAGCUCGCCCAUGAUUUCUGCCACUGGAUAUAGAACAAAACAGGAUAUCUGUGAUUGAUGGUCACCACAUUAGAUUUACAAUCAUGGGGAAAAGAAAGAUUCUAACAAGGUCGYUGUCAUUUUAAUUUCGAAAUUACAGAGGAGAUGAUAUUUAAAAUCUUUAAAUCUAAAAAUGCUAAAAAUCGGAUAAUUUAAGUGUAUGGUGCAAGAUUUUAACAGGUUGAAUUUUAUUAAAUGUAACAUUUUUCCAUUUCCACCUUUGAUCAGUACAGUGAUGGGGGGGAAAAAAACUACAUUGAAUGAUCUACUGUAGGUUUUAUUAGUUUCUCUAAUCACUGUAGAUUAGCCUCCACUUUUCAUUACAGCAAAAUAUUCYCUGUUGAGUUUGGUGUCCAUGUCCCGUUGAGUCCAAAUUUCUGCCUUGCUUCAGAUGUCGGACAUAAGAAUUCUUUUUUCACUCUAAUAAUACAUUGUUUUAUAGAGGAAUAUAUGAUCAAGCUGCCUUUUUACUGAGACAGCAAAUCAAGGCCAAAUCAUCCCCCUUCCACUACUGUGCUUGUCAGUUGGUGAAGGACUUUGUUCCUGAAGUCUUACGACUCAUUGCCGACCAGGAACCCAAAGUCACGCCACUGUAAUUUGAUAUUGCUAUAAAACGUAACAUUUAACAUGCUCGUUGGGUUUUCACAGUUCUUACGRGUAUUGCAUGUUUUCAUUUUGAGGCGCAAUUUGUUUUUUUUAACUUUGGGAAGUUUCCAAGUUUAAAUCAUGUUCAUAAACUCAGUGUAGAAUGUUCAGAAAUGGCCUUAGAGCCACCCUGACAUUGGCGGCACCAACAGUUCCUUCCAUAAACUCUUUUCUGAUGUCUUUCUACCUUGACAUUGUGCUAGCCCACUAAUGUUUGACUUCUGACCAGCUAACUGUCAGAACACCCAUUUUGAAGAGACGUCUGGGUCACACUUGGUGAAUUGAUUUCUACUAGACUUACUUUUAAAUCCCAUGGCAACAAAGGCGGAGUUUCUUUUUGUCAUGAUUGUAAUCAAAUGUCUUGUGUAUCCCAGUUCUUGUCACUAUACUAGUAAUGUGUAAAACAUCCAUGGCAGACAUCAUACAUGAGGCAGCUAAAUGACUAUUAAAGAAUACAUCAUCUGUUAAGAAAAGCCCACUCUGUUCCUUCAAUUCUGGGUCCAUGCCAAAACUGGGUUCCCCUCCUAUAAAAGAGUCAGUUCUACUUAAAUGUCAAGCAGCAGUCCUGUACAUAAUGUAUAACUCACACCUCUACCAGAUGGAUAAGCGUCCGCAACGGAAAGUUAAAGAGGACCUGGAAUGUUGCUCCUUUCAGCACAUCAACAGCUUCUGGGAUUCAUCACUUCUCCUGCUCUGCCAUCCUCAUGGCCUUCCCUGGAGCUGAGCUCAAGCCGUCAUUACAUCCCCAUCCAGCCUGGCUAGUGGGAGUUUUUGCACUACUGGAGCAGUCCUCACUUUCACCCUUUCCUCUUCAAAGUUUUAUCUGUACACAUUUGUUGGCCCAACUCACCCCAAAUGGGAAUCGUUGACCACUCUGUAUAACAGAGGCUGACAGCCACAGUGGCCUCAGGCCCAAACCUUUCCUGUUGCCGGCGUCACGCCGACAACCCAGAGAAAAAUGGGGGUUUGGGGGUGUUUGUGAGAGACCCCURCAUGGGAGGGUUUGGAGGGCUGUGUAGCACUUAUCGUCUUCUCGUAAUCAUCAUCAUUACAUUUCAGAUCUGGGGCCCUCCAAAUUGUUUUUCCUCCUCUUCUUAACCUUGCUGUUCCCCCAGGGGUUUGGCCAAGAAUCGCUGACACCAAACAGGAUCCAGGCCUCUCCACCUUGUGAGACAAGGCUGGCCAUAAACGCCUUUCAGAGAGGCGCCACCGAUUGAAUGUGAACAGCAAAGCAGUAGAGGCGAGAUCGAGAGAUUUGMAAACAAAAUGCCAUUAUUAACUUGGAUUAAAGUGGGAAUUGUGGAUGGGGAAAUGUUGGAUAUGCAAUGUGCCCCCCAAUUUAGGAGCCCCAACAUCUUCUCCCACACCAGCCGAGGACCCAAAAUGAGACCCCCCACCCCCACCAGCUUCUCCUCUCAGUUCCAGUCGAAAAUUUCAAUACUGUGGGGGUCGGAAAAGAAUAUCCCACAUUCCAGAGAUUGRGGUUUGGAUCACCUCUUUGUUAAACAACUCAAAGAGGAGUGUAAGAAAUCUGAUGUCGUUUUGUUGAGCGGACUGGGUUUUUGUGUGUAACUGAGGGGGUUAAAUGCUGCUUUUCCUUAUGGGACAAAAUAAGAUCUGAAAUGAUAUGAAUCCAUAAAGCAAAAUUUAAAAAAGAGGACUUAAAAAAAAAAAGACUCCUAAACAGAAUUAUUGGAGAUUUUAUUUUUCCUUGUUUUCGUAUAUUUCUUUGUAUUUUGAUGCUUUAACUGCUCUGUGUAAAAGAGAGAGGAAAAAGAAAAUGGCUGUAGUCACUUUUUGACCAUGUGUGCAGUGUAACGUUGGAGAAAUUUCACUUCUUCUGCCCACAUCUGUCUUUUGUGUUGAGAAGCCAACUGAUGCGUUUUGUCUCGUGUCUCUCCAGUUGUCUGUCCUCUUUUAUCAGAGGAGGAACUCAGAACCAACAAAACAGGAGUUGCUUUUUUUUUUUUUUAUACGUAUAUAUAUUUCUCUUUUUGUAAUGGAAUACAACAGAAAAUAAUGCAACCUUAAACUGAAAACAGAAAAAAAACUGAAACACAAGCCUGUCAUACCUCACGCAACACAAAACUUAUACGAACUUGGGAGGCAUCGUGUUUUGCAGGCACAUGUAAAAUUGCAGAGAUGCAUAUAGACUAAAAAGGAACAGAGAGUUACGUGUCGGGCCUGUGUGUACGCGUCCGUGUACGAGUUCAGYUCAAUAAAUUAGAUUAUUAUUGCAAAGUUAAUUGAUUUCAGUAAUUCAAUUCAAAAGAGAAAAUCACAUGCAGGACUACUUGCACACGUUGAUAAAUUUCAAAUAGUUAUUUCUGAGUUCAUGUUUAUGAAUGUGGCUCGAAGCUGGAAAAAAAAGUCUUUCUGGGGGGGAAAAAAAAAAAUUAAGUCUGAGGGCGGGGGGUWAAUUCGUACCAAUAUGUUAUGGUCUACAGAAUCAUGGGGAAGACUACUGACUGGACAGCUGACAGUAUAACCAUUGGCAGGCUUUACAAGGAGAAUGAAAGACAUGAGCUGAGGUUGAAGCAGCUUACURUGCUAUUAUUAUACUUGGUCAGGGSUCUCUUUUCAUGAAAUACAAAAAGAUUCGGCUCAUUAUAUUUUCAUACUCACCAAUUUAGAUUUUUCUGUGUAACGCAUCUCCAAAUUAUUUGCAGAAAACCGCCCUAUUCACCAUGUUUUCACCUUUUUUUUAUUUUUUACUGAAAAUGCAGCUUAGUAACAAGGCUACUUGACACUCUUGGCUGGUAUUUCCAAAUCCAGGAGUAGUAUUUAUUUUUCUUGGCGUCAUUUGGCUAUUCCCUGAAGUACAGAGACAAGGUGGACUUUAAACGGUGACUMCUGUGGUGGUGCUAAGAUAGUUUCCACUGUGCAUAUUAUUGCAUAUUAAAGUAUAUUGGGUGUUUGGUGCAAAAUGGUCAGUUUCAGACAUUUUUUUAACAAAGGCUUUUAUGUAUUUCAGGAUUUUAUCCACUUGGGGGUGGUUGUGGCUCCUUACUGUUGACAUAAGAGCUAGGAAACAAAAUUAGCUUCUCCAAGGUUCUCUAAAUUAUAUUCAAACUUUGUCCCUCCACUGAACUUUCUAUUAUUAAGCUUGGUUGAAACACUCUUAGCAUUUAGUUAUAGCUUUAUGYUGCUCUUGCAGAAGACGUCCGUCACUUUCUGCUGGUCAACUGUCAAGUCUGGAGUUUUCCAAAAAAUUGUGCUGACCAUAACAUGGCCAUAAAAUAACAUCCUGUUUUAGUGGUAUUAUAUUUUUCUAAGAAACAUAAUUUGGGGUUUUCAUUCAUUUGUAAGCUUUAAUCAACAAACUGUCACUGURUGCAAUACAUCUAUAAAACGAGUUUUACUUUGCAAGCAGAAUUACUGAAAAUAAUUUACUUUUCUAUGAUAUUCUACAUUAUUGAGAUGCGUCUGUUGGUUUUUCCUCAAGGUUUGGGGCCCUCUUAUUGAUUUGGAUCUCAGAUGAACCCAAGGACAUGCUUUGCUAAAAUCACUCAGCACUUCUCUGACUGUGUUGUAGAUCAUGACGUAAAAAAAAAAUGUGAACGGCCCAGAGACUGAGGGAUGUUUGCUUCUGUAAUGGCUGAUUGUUUUAUGGAACUGAAUGUAGCUGAAAGAGGGAGGGACCUUAACCUGGCACCCACAACCCAGCUUCCACUCACCAGCAGAGAGGAUAGUGGUGUCACACAGACAUUAGGGGAAAGAAGAAAAAAAACUGAGAGGAUAUAUUGCCCGUUUGCAAGGUGCAAUACUAUGUACUUUUGUAUGUUUUCAGUUUGGAUUUAGUUUUUGUUUACUUUUUACUUUUUCAGGGGUGGGAGGUGGGGGGCGGGGGGGACAUGAUCAAUGAUGUAAAUACAAAACCAUACAAAAACACUCAAGAAUCAUUGUAAAAAGUCAACUUUACCGCUCCAUCCCAUUGUCAUGUAAGUGAAGACGACAAUAGAAGCAAAGACAUGUGUAAUGCUUGUUACAACUUUUUUACGUGUGCACGCUCUCACAUGUGCAUGCAGGUCCAUAAUCAAAAGUGCCCCUUGACAUUAAUCAUAAUCCCCUGUGCCUCGUCUUGUUUGCAAAGAGAUAAAAGCCUGUAUCCUCUGUAGUCUCAUGAUGACAUGAAGCGCUACACGUGUGGCUGUGGGUUUUUGUGUAUGCGUGCUCAGAUAUUGUCCUUUUAAAACUGAUGAUGCGAGUGGUGACAGCAGCUCAGUUAGCUGCAGGACAGGAAAGAGAAGAUACAUGCUAGAGCUGGACUCUUGGUCUAGCAUGUGUCUCAGCUAACCCAGCUGCUAAGCACUCACAUUGUUGUCAUCAAAGUGUAAAAUGGAUCUGAACGUUUGUCCAAAGCAUCGUUGGGUUCCAUAAGCUAGCUUGGAAAUGUUGCAACAUCAGCUUAUACCGGCCCCAGUUGCACUAAUAUUUUUUUUAAAUUCUAUUGGUUUAUGUAUGUGUGCUUCUGGGAGAAUAUUCCUUUCCCCCCACCCCCAAAUAUCAAUGUCCAUUCUGCCCUUGAUACAUAAAAUGGAGUGUAAAUGGGGUCUUAGAUGAUGACAGCAGUUUGAAGUUUCCAUUAUUUUAACUACAGAUGCAUUGCACCAAUUCACAACAAAUGUCAUAUCAAGGAAGUUUGAAAACAAAAACGACCCAAUUUAUAUCUAGAAAUAUAAUCAGUUCAAUAUGAUCCAAUCAGAUUGCAAUUCAAUUAAAUGCAGUCCAGUCCAAUCCUACUUAUAAUACAGUGCACUCAAGUUUAUAAUGGCAAUUGCUAAGACAUUCUCUAAGGACCUACUGUUCUCAUGUAUCCGACACAAAAGGAAUUAUAAAAGUUAUAAUAUUAUAGAUACUGUCAGUAUCCAUAUCGUCAGUAUCUUUACCGUUGAUGGGUUAAGUAAAUAGGUCACGGGAAAACAGGCCGUUUGAUUGGUGGUGCUUCCAUCCGCAGACCAUCUACUGAGCUCAGAGUGAGGUUUUUUUACUCUGAUUAUGAGAAACUUUUAAAUCCAGCCUCAACUAAUUUGGCUCAAUUCUCGCAUGCUGAUGCUUUGGACAAAGGUGAAGAUUGUCUGUAAUGUCAUUUGUUUUGUUUAGUUUUUUUUUUCUUAUUAGUUGUGUUUGGUUCCCUGUCCCUCCCCCUAUGCCAAAUAUAGAGUUUGUUGAGACAUGCAAACAGCAAGAUGUCUAUGCAAUCUCCCCUCCUAAAUCUAUUUUUUUUUGCCCAAAAAAAGAAAGACAAGCUCACUGUAACAACGAGCCAGUCUGACUAAUUAAAAUCAAAUUUGGCCUGGCUUGAAUUCCAGAGGCUCUUUGCAUGACCCAAAGACCCUUGCUGCUCUUGUGUGGGCACAUGUCCCAACUGCUCAGCGGAGAUGGCCUUCUUGCCCAGCUUUUUUGGCCGGUCCUGAGGCGCAGGAGCUCUUUCCAGCAGUCCGUAUCCCACAGAAGUAGGCGGGGCUCAUUGGAAAACAAACAUGUUGUGGAAAACAAGGACUCAACGAGAUGUGCUUUUUUCUGUGAAUUGCUCAGAGUGAGAUGCGUGAGUCUAAGUGUGCGCGUGCAUGCUCGGGUUCUGCUCAUGCUUCCUUAAUGGGAUCGGUGCAUCAAAAAAACUUAGAUUUUAAAAUUAGGACCAGCAGCUAAAUUUAAUCCCGUUUGCUGCCUUUAUAUACUGUCACUUAGUUCAAUGUAAUGUUAGUUCUUAGAUUUGUGCUUUAGCUUGUGUUUACUUAAAACCUUAAUGCUUUUGAUUCUGAAUCGGUUUCACUUACAUAGAUAUAAAGAAUUUUCAAGUUUUUGAGACGAAGAUUUACGACCGACCUGAUUUAGCUUUACGUUAGCACUUAACUUAAAGAGCACUUUGAAUGGCCCAAACACGAUAAAAAGGGAAGAGUCUUUGUGGUAAUUUCUUAAAAUGUACAUAUUUAUAAAAUUGCAUAUAAGGUUAUGUAUAUUUAAAACAUUUUUAACCCCAAAAAGAAGGAAAAAAAAAAUAUUCAAAGAAUUAUUUAAAGUUUACUAUAAUUUAUAAUGACGUGCAAUAACUCAUUGAGUUUCACAUAUAAUCAGAAAGUUCUUCACACAUUUGUGGGGAUUAAUGCACCUUUCCAUGAGAGCACCAGCAAGACCCAAUCAGCAUGCACGCACACAAAUGACUUCUUGUUACUGGGUAAAGAAAGUUAUUGAAGGAUUCUCUCAGGUAAAAAAAAAAAAACAAACAAAAAAAAAAAGAACAUUUUCUAAUAAAUGAUGGUGAACAUUAGAUUGGAAACCCUUGUUGUUCGUCUUUUUGGCCUCCCAAUGUGCAGUUGUGCAUUGUGUCUGUUUUCUGUCCUGGAUGGGUUUCUAGAAGAAAAUGAAUUCUAACCCAACACUAAGUUUCCAAGUUUUAGUCCCAGUGAAAAUGAACGACGCUCACCUGGUUUUGGUAGAUGGUUUACACCACAAAGGAAGGCAAAUUUGUAUUGCAUGAGUGUUUUCAAUCCUUGUUGGGUUGGAGUUUGUGCUGCUAUUGAAGCCCACCUCUCAUAUCAGGUAAAAGGAAUAUCCCCCAAAAAAUGUUAAAACAAUCUGGCACUUUCUCUUUAUUGCUGAUCUUUUUUCUUUUUUCCCCCCAAAAUUUAAGAUAAAAAGAGUAUCAUUUUGCUGAAAAUUAUGAUUGGUUUGAAUAAUGACAUUUUCACUGUGCUGGAGUAUUUUUUUAUCUUUUCAUGCACAACACUUUAAGUUGAUUAGGUUUAGGUUCUAAAAAGUAUCCAUGUAGAAAAAUAAAAGUUUUAAAUUAUAUUUAUUUAUAAGGACAUAAAUAAAUAUAUUAAAUAUAUAAAUUUUCAAAUUAACCUUAGCACUUCUUUUUAAUCAUUAUGUCUUAUAAUUCAGAUUUUACCCUGUACGUUAAAGACGCGGUGGAAAAUUGAUAGAUUUAUGAUUAAAAGAUAAAUAAAUAAAUCAAUUAUGGGUCUCUAAAAAUAUCCUUUUUACUCUGACUAAUGAUUAAUUUUAAUAUUUCUUUUUAAUAAACCUUACUUUCUUAGUGAUUUUGUAGUCACGGGGUUAUAUUUUCCGUUUCGUGUCUCUAACAUGAUUCUUAACAUUCCCAGGUAAGUACAUGAUGUGCUGUGCAGUAUCUCAGAUACUGGAUAGAUUUUGACUUUUCUCAAAACCAGGCUAUGCAAAGUUGCUGCUUUUUCUUUACACUUGCUCCCUUUUAUAGUCAAAAUCUCUUGCAGCCGUAAAUAACACUCCCUCGUGUUGAGGCUGGACGUACAGAAGCACAUGACUCCCAUCUUAAAACCCAGCAUCAGUCUUCGUCAGUGUGGAGGCGAAGGAACCUGACCCAACCCCUGACACACACACACACAGACCCCACACACCCCUAUCCAUCUGAUGACGACAUGAUGCUCUCAACUGAUGGGAAUCAGUUGCAUGUGUAAAACCGUGCAUGCCAGUGUCUUUGUGGGAGGAUUGAGUUGUGUGUAAGAAAAACUGUGUCAGCGCUUUAUGACCGUCUCUCCAGUGUUGGUUGACCUGCUUCACUUUUUCUUCAAAAACCCAUCCAAAAAGCACCUUUUAAGGCCUCGGUGAGUGUAGAACAGACAUUUGUCCUGUUCCAGAUCAGUAUUAUUCCCUCAGAUGAAUUUAUCACAGUGACAGGCAGACGUAUAUGAAGAAAAAAAUAAUAAUAAAAAAGGGUGGAAGGGAGGAGGGGCUUGGGAAUCAUUUCUCAUCUUUGGCAAGAUUGCAAGGUAGAGAAAAAUGAAUUUCAAGAAAAUAACAGAAAAAUAGAUACUUCAAAAGAGAAACGUCAGCAGCUUUAAUCAACCAAAGCUGUGUUGCUCCAGAAUAAGGGAAAUCACUGGCACAGAUGAAGAGUUUGGAUCUUUGUAGUUCACUUCAAACGUUCACAUUAUUGAUUGCUUUAAUCGCCCUCAUCAUUUUCCUCCAAUUUGUUUCAUGCUUCGGCAGGUGAUUUAUUCUAAAAUCUGCACUUUUAUAAAAAUAAAAAAAAAAGGGAGGAUUUGAGUCUUUUCAGAAGGAAGAUUCAGGUGCUACAUUGAAUCCACAAACCGGGCACAAAAAAAUGAGUUUGAGAGUAUUAAAACUCAAAGUAAAGUCGUUUUAGUGGUGCUGCGUAUCACAAGAGUUUGCUGGCCAGUCAAACACAGUGGUAUUAUGAUCUUAAAGCCUUAAACCUUUGGAAAUGUGAGCAGGUACCAAAUCUGGUAAUCUGCAUUUCCCUAAAGUUUGUGACCAGAAGGAAUCGCUGUGUGCUCGAUAUCAUCUUCAUUUUUUGUAUUUUUUAUUUUUUUUGACUCAACUUUCCACUAAAGUGAUCAAGUGCAGCUGUCUGUGGAAAGUCCUUUAGCAAUGAGUUUUUGUAGUUUGGUGAUUAUAAAUGUCUAUCAAGCCAGUGAUCCCAAUUAUAUUAAAAGUCAGAAAUCAUUAUUUCAGUAUCCAAAGUUUGGAUUGGAUUACUUUGUUUCAUACGUAAUCCAAGUUUUAGAGAAGUGGCAUUUAUAUUAUUUUUACUAGCAUGAACCCAUAUAAACAUGAAGAUUUGCAGAAAUAAGCCCUUUAAAUCUAUCACUCUGUGUGUAUAAAUCUACAUAAUCACUUUUUGGACUCAAUUACUGAAAUAGACUUGAUGAUCUAAAUUAUUGACAUCGUAUUUAGAGUCGCCAACAUCGAUAUUGGUGGCUAUUAGUGGAUUAAAAGGCAUGAAAAUACUGGGUAAGAUGGGGAAACAUUUUUGCGACUCAGAUCGUCUGCAUAGAGAUUUUAUAGUCAAAGGGUUUUAUGGAAAAGUUUAUGUAUAAAUGAGUGAGUGUGCAGAUUUUAGCUGAAAUUUUAGUAGUGGAUAGAAAUUAGAAAGUUGAGGUGUUGAGUUUGGGAGAGAUAUUGAAUUAGGAAAGAUAUACAGUGUAUUGUAAUUUUUUAUUAUUUUUUUAAUCUUCAGAUGAUUAACUGGCCUCAAAGGGUGCUUAUUGUUCUCUCAUUGUGGUUCAACCUAUUUCCUACUCCGCCAAAUGCCCACAAUCACAUCACACCAUCCACUUACGUGCACGAGCCUACUGUGAAAUCAAAAGCAUCGCUCGCUUCUCGGCAACUUGCUGCAAAGGUAUUCACAUCUCUUACACUUCAGUGUGUUUCACAUCCAUGCAAGUAAAAUCCAGUGCAAUCAAGGCUAACCACUUAAACUGACAGAUCUGGGAGCAAAUGUCUUUGCUCACUGCUGCAUGCACAUAAAACUCUGCAUGUCUAUAUCAGAAAGCUGGAGUGCACAAGUACAACAUGUCUUUUAUGCAGCAAUUAGUGUGAGGUAAAUGCUUCUACUGAAUUCCGGUGGUGCUAUUUUUUUUUUCUUUUUUUUUUUUUUUGCCAACAACUGAGAUAAUUGUGUCUUUAUUGAUUUAUUUAAGUAUUAUUACUAUGCAAUGAGUUUUCCUCAUUCAAAAUGAAGAUGCUAAUUUUAAGCUGUGUUUUUACAAAGCUGAAAAGCGGCACCCUUUGGGUUACAUUUUUUUUCUCUGACUUUUUUAUUUUACUAAAGGAUCUUGUUCAGACUGCUUACAGCAGUAACAAAUUACAUUACAAAUACUGGCAGUUCUAAUUACAUUUUUGCAACGWAAACAGAACUUAACAUUUACUCGCCACGGCAGACGCUGUGCUGAGUUCUGCAGACUCGCGUGUGUUUUGUUUUGCAUAUCUGGAAAGCGGAAGAAACAAGACAUUAGAUGGAUUACUUAUUUAUACUGAUGCUUUACAAACCUAACAAACUACGAUUUUUUAAAAAUUUACUUUAUUGUUUUUUAUGCUCUUGGUGAACAAAAUCCAGAAAAUCAAGAAAAAAAAAAAAUCUUGGUGCAAAAUAAAAUAAAGUUGUUGUAAAUUUGUCCUGUGAUGGCAUCUGAAAUUUGAUUUUUUAAAUUAUUUUUUGUCUUUUUAUUUGUCAGGUUGUAGCUUAAAAGAAUAACCUUGUUGUCACUUUUUCAUAUUUUGCUGUUUAAUCAACCACCSUGAAAAUUAAGAUGCAUCAAUUUUAAUGUACCUUUCUGAGCCUUUAUGCAGCACCAAACCUUGCCUCUGUGCCUCCUAGCUUCCUAGCCAUUUAUGAUGUGAAGAUGCAGUAAUUUAAUGAUGUUUCUACCAGAGAGCCUAGUGUCUCUGGAAAUAACAUUCAACCUUGUGUUGCUCUGUCUUGUGGCAGCCAGCUCGGCCACCCAUUGUCAGUGUUUGUGAAUCUUUGCCAGGUCUUAAGCGAACUGCCAAGUUCCUGUCUCUGUAGCAGUUUGUCAACCUGUCCAAAAGGAGGAAUCUGAUGACUUGCAUCCUGUGGAAUAACAUUUUUCCUUUAGAUAUAUGUUGCAUUAAAUGAAGGACUAAACUCUCAAGAUACAAAAAAGCCAUUGAGGUUAACCWGAAAGCUUUGGAGUGUAGCAAAAAGGGGAAUAAAUAAAUGGCUCUCUGAAGAACCUCUGAAGUUAAUGCAGGUGAAACGGUGUUUUACUUAAGAGGAUGAACWACAUAYGUACCCUCUGUUCCCAUUCUACAACUGGUGCUAGAGCUGGAUCUUACCUUCCUUUACUGUGAAAAAUCAAUAAAACAUUUAAGAAGUGCUUUGGUUUUCCAAAGCCAGAUGACCAGCAUGGUGCCACAUCAUCAUCAUAUUAUUAUUAUUAUUAUUAUUAUUAUUAUUAUUAUUAUUUCAAGAACUUUGGGUCUCACUGUUAAGACACAAUGUUCGGAGCAGGAUUUACUACGGCAAUGAAGUGAUAUCAAAAUGUCAGCAGCGUUUUCAUGAACAGAUGUGGAAACAAUCUUUUCGCCGGUCAUCAGUGCAGAUCUAUGCAGCACAAAAAGCUAGAAAAUAAAAUACGAGGAACUUACUUCACCCUUCAGAAUGAAAAAUUGGAUUAGUUGUUGGUCUCCCAUUUCUGUUGAGUUGUCUUUCAGAUGGCACCAGUUUUUCUGUCUGAGAGUCUGUCCAAGUAUUCUCAGUCACAUUUAGGAAUCCAAUUACCGUACACCAAAUGAAAGCUCUUUUCGAUGCCAAUGGCAUAGCUCAGCUCUGAUUUGUAGUUUUAAAAGGUGAUGAGCUGGCACCAAAUUUUCCCCAAUAAAAUAAAACAAUUCAAACCAAACAAGCAAAAAAAACAUAAGCGAGAACUUAAAGCUUCUUGAAUGUCCUGACAGUUAUUUUGCUUCUGAUCUAUGCUAUAGUUUGAUUUAAAAUAGUUGUUGUACAUUUGUCACUUUUGGUUUACUUUUAUUUCCCACUUCAGUUUUACUCCAUUACGAUGAGCUGAAGGAACAUGACCAGUGUGCUAGAGGUUACAUACAUCAUUUUAAGUCACAUAACACAUGUCAAAUAGCAGCAAAAGGAAUAUAUCAACUAAAAGGUGCAGGACUAAAUCAAUGUAAUUUGUGUUAUUUUGCCAAUCCAGGCCUGUCUGUGCCAGAUAAGGUCCGCUCUUGCCAUGGGUAGAUUGAAUAGAGGGUGAGGUAUGAGGUUGAUUCAGCCCACUGAGCUUAUCUUUUUCUUUCUUUGUUUUUUUUUUUUUUAGCAAAACAAUGAAUCAAACAGAUUACUAAAUUCUUAAUAUUUGGGUUUCAGUGAUUUAAAAAAAAAAAUUACAAAUACAUUGAAUGUGUAUAAAUCGGUACUCAAUAUAUAGCAAGUCCAUAAAUAUGUUCUGUCUGUAUUGACUUUAUGAUCAGUUCUUUGGUCAGAGUAUGAUGAACAUAGGUCCCACUCGCUCAUGCUAACUAACUAGCAGGCAAUGGGCUAACAUUAGCUUAAGUGAAUGAACUUUAAUGAGGAGAACGUAAAUCAAUAACAACCGACUGACUUCAACCUUGUUAUGCAGCAUAAUGUUACUUAUUUCUUCCUGUAGAUGGGGUUCAGUAAAGUCUGACCAGGUUCUUUGUAAACUUCAAAACAGUGAGGCUCCUUCUAGUUUUUUUUCUCUGGUCCAACAAAUUAGCUCCUGACUUUUGACCCAGGAUUUGKUUAAAACUCCUGCUUCAAUCCCCACAGGAUAAACCCAGCCUUUUAAAGAAUUAUGAAUAAUUCAGAAUUCUUUCACACCUGCACGAAGUCCAAAGCAUACUUCAGAGGUUGUUCUCUUUUGCAAGGCUGUAAGACCAAAAUGACUKAACUCUGUUCUUGCUGCUUGUUGUUGAGCAGAACUUUACUUGUCAUGCCUUGUAAUAUGAAGGUUGUGUGCGGCAGGAGGAGAGCUCUGCGGGGUAUGGGGACAACUGYGACUCGGUUUGUAGAUCAGUCAUUCUGCUGUUGGAUAUUAAUGAAGUCGCGAUGAAAAGUCCUGGCUAGAAAGAACUUUGUUCUUGCAGCCUUGGGUAAAAGCACAUUUCUCAGCUCUUGCAGUGCAUGUACUGGCCUUAGGAGGUCUCUGCAAACUUUGUUGGAGAUCAGAAUGAAUUCCAUGCUUCUUUCAAAAACUGGAGUGCAGCUUUGGGAAAAUGUAAAGCUAAUAUUCAAAUGAGCUGAUGACAUUUGAUGUAGCAUGUCAACAGCAUAACUUGGAAUAUAUUGUUGAUGAGGGCAUUUAAAAGGCAUACUCCAUCUUCCCUGGACAGAAUUUGUAUGGUGGGUUUGGAAAUAGGCUAAAAAAAAAUAAAUUGGCCGCCUAUUGGAUUGUCCAGAAGUUAUAUAACAGCUCCAUAGUAAUAGCCUAUAGAUUUGAUGGACAAUUUAAAGUGAAAACCGGGAUCCAUAUGUUCUCUAACCAAGUUGUGGAAUUUGAAUUGAUUUUCUUAAUUCCAAUUUAGAACCAACACAAAUAGGGUGCCUAACAGAUUUGACUGAUAUGGGUUUUAUCAUCAGAGCUAAAAUAGGUCACACAUAAGGGUAACCAUGGUGAGCCCCUGCCUUCAAAAUCAAUACUGGGCCCACAUACACAAGUUGGCUGGGUCCAGAUUGCCUUCUUUCCAAAACUACAAUAUCUCCAUAUGCAAAUCAUUUUCAGUCAGAAAACAAACACUUUUCAGACAAAUUGCCAUAACAGAGACAAACUCAGCAUUUUAAACAAUUUAAUUAAACCUUAUGGGAAAAUUUCAGCCAUUAAGGCUGUUUGUGUACGUCACUGUCUCAUAUACUAUAUACUAGUACGGGCCAUUUACUAUAUGGAAUGAAACAAACGCCUUGUUUGAAAUUCUUUACUCAUAUAAACCGCUCUGCUUGCACUAUGCAAAAGGGUUAGAAGAAGAUGGCUUAAAGAGGCAGGAGCAGCGAGACCAUCAACUGUGGAAAUUUAAAAAAAAAUGUGUUCUGCUCUGGUGUAUUUCCAGAUCAUGGGUAUGUUUUUCCCUACUUAUCACCCAUAAAUCCAAUACAUUUACCUUCAAUUUCUAGUCUGGCGUUUGUUUUGAUAUGUCCCAGACAAUAAGCAGCUCUGAGCAUAUUUUUAGACCCAGUCGUUUUAAUUAUUUUUUCUUCCUUCGUGCUUCUCAGUCUUUGCUGGGAUCAACACGAAAGAACAAUAUUCAGAACCCAACCCCACAAAGUGCUGGGAUCAACAUAUAUCCACAAACAAACGCAGUCGAGCUCCAGUUGACCCUCUGAGCUGAACCUUUACAUUUGUCUCACCGACAAACCUAAAAAAAUAUCCAC